CUGCAGUGCGUCCUCUGCGUGUCCUAUGUAGAUGAGAGACACGUCCGACUGGUGAAGAGAUCUCGGAAGAAAAGUUUACAACACGUCAAACCGACGUCUGUUCGGCGGCACAAGGAGGACGGUGGACACCUGAGAGCCGCCGUCUGUCUGCUCCAGCCGGGUAUCGCCGUGGACCCCGACGCUCCCGACCAUAAACCCGCCUCCGACCCCGAACUCCGCCUCCACCCUCCGGCCUGGUGUAAGUGCGGCCGCUGCGCUCCCUCCUCCCUCCCCCAGGAGGAGCUGUGCUGCCGGUGGGGCGCCGGCGCCUGCGUCGCCUCGUCGCCGACGUUCGAGCGGCUCGUGUUGCGUCGCCCCCUGCUGGAGGCCGUCCUCCUGUACCGGGACCCGCUAUCCUCGCCGCCCGUCGGCCAAGGCCGGACCGCCGCCCUGCGUCACUGCGCCUACGCUCAGUACGUCAGCUGGAGGUUCGGGGUCCCGCCCGACGACGCCCAGCCCACCAUCCCCAGCUGCUGUGUGCGGAGGGUCCGGGAGGAGUACCCGAGUCCGGACGGACAGUACAGCGGCUUCAGGCCCGCCAGGAUGGCGUCCAUGCAGGCGUGCGCUAACGGGGAGCUGUGAGAGGAGAGAUCACACCUUACUGACCCACUAGCAGGGUUUCUGUGCUCAAUCUGCCUUACAAAAAUAAAACUAUUGCUAAUCAUUGGCAGCUUGCAUUCCGUCAGAGUCAAUACAUCUCUGCACUUUCUAACAUUAUCUGUCGUUUUUCUCAGAUUCACUCCCUUUAAAGCAGCUUUUUAACCUUUUCUUAGGGCAGAAAUAUCAUGUUUAACAUCACUAACAUACUCGGACAAAAGAUUUCUCCUGCCAGGAAUGUGUUCACAUCCGGAAAGAUGAAGAGUUUUGUUCAUGGGAGUGUUGAAGAUGGGAUUUUAACGCCUGAGAGAGCUCAUAACAAAACCUCCCUGAUCUCGAUUCUUUAAUCCGUAACAAACAGAAAUGUGAAAACAACAGUUUGUGGCUUUACGGAGAGUUACGAGCUGAAACUAUUUCUUGUUUACUAAAAGUCGGGUGAACAGAAUUACAGUCGUCACAGAGUCGUUCAGAUUAUGAGACAAUAAUGUUCCUCUGAGCACAAAGAAGGAAAGUGACCCACCACCUCUCCUAUCAGAGCAAGACACCGACUUUAUAUACUUAAACCUCUUUUUGUGACUUUGUGUUCAUUUCAGUUCUCUUUGUGGUAAUUUUGUGUCUCUUUGUGGUAAUUUUGUGUCUCU